CCAGGAGCUCCGCCCCGGGAGUGCCUCCGCUCCAGGGGAGCCCGGCCGGGCGGCGGGGUGCCGGGGAGGGAUGGCUCCGUGUCUCCUUCCCCGAGGAGAAGGCGGCAGGUAGAGCCCAGCCCGGCAUGCGGCUGCUUCCCCCCGCGCUGUGUUCAUCGCCGGGGCCAGCCCGGCGCCCAGGGGUCACUCCAGGCACGGCCGCACCGCCCCGACACCCGCUCCGGCACGGGCAGCCCGACCUUGUCUCGCCAGGGACUCGUCAUUCCUCCUGGAAAAAUGGCAGCGGUGUUGUGUUUCUCCGUGAUAUCCCACUCCCCCUGAUGCACAGCCCGGUUUUCCUUGAGGAGCAGCAGAAUCCUCCCUCUGUGCGGUUCGUAGCACCGCACAUCUCCCGAGUGCCGCUGCGGCCUCGCCAGCCAAAGGUUUCGUCCCACUUUUCCGUAAGUGCACGGUGCUGUCUGCUCCUUGGGAUUCAAGAUACAGCAAGGAAAAUCCCCAGAAGAACAGGUGUGUCGGUGAAGGCACCAAUGGAAAUGUGGAGCACCAGCAGCACUGAGAGGUUUUACAAGAUUCCUGAAGGAAAGGGGCCACACUCGGUUGGAUGUACUGACCUGAUGACAGAAGAUGCAGUUGAGGGAAGCUUUUUGCGCUUGUAUUAUCCAGCGUAUGAUGCCACAGAUAUCGAAGAGGCCCGAUGGAUUCCAGACAAAGAAUAUUAUCAGGGACUCUCUGACUUCCUCAAUAUGUACCGAGCUGUAGGAGAAAGGCUUUUCCAUUACUAUGUUGGUUCAGUGACCUGUCCUGCAAAGUCAAAUGCUGCUUUCAAACCAGGAGAAAAAUACCCACUUCUUGUUUUUUCCCAUGGACUUGGAGCUUUUCGGACAAUCUAUUCUGCUAUUUGCAUAGAAAUGGCUUCUCAGGGCUUUAUAGUGGCUGCUGUGGAGCACAGAGAUGAAUCUGCUUCAGCCACGUAUUAUUGUAAGAGAAGAUCCGUUUCUGAGUCACAGGAAGAGUCCACGCCUGACAUGGAGAAGGAGUGGAUUUACUACAGGAAGCUGAAAACUGGAGAGGAGGAGCGCUGCUUGCGCCACAAGCAGGUGCAGCAAAGAGCACAGGAGUGUAUCAAAGCUCUCAAUCUCAUUCUUAAAAUCAAUUCAGGAGAGGAAGUAACAAAUGUACUACAUUCAGACUUUGACUGGAAUAGCCUAAAGGAUUCUGUUGAUACUAGCAGAAUAGCUGUGAUGGGACACUCUUUUGGUGGUGCUACAGUUAUUGAAAGUCUCAGCAGAGAAAUAAGAUUCAGGUGUGGCAUUGCCCUGGAUGUAUGGAUGCUUCCUGUAGGUGAUGACAUUUACGAAAACAGUGUCCAGCAACCGCUGCUUUUCAUCAACUCUGAAAAAUUCCAGUGGGCUGAGAACAUCUUAAAGAUUAAGAAGCUUAUCUCCAAUGACAUAAACAAGAAAAUGAUUACUAUCAAGGGGUCAGUACAUCAGAGCUUUCCUGACUUCACCUUUGUGAGCGGAGGAAUCAUUGCAAGAUUUUUCAAAUUAAAAGGAGAGAUAGAUCCAAAUGAAGCUAUUGAUAUCAGCAAUCAUGCUUCAUUAGCCUUCCUACAGAAACAUCUGAGUCUUAAGAAGGAUUUUGAUCGGUGGGAUUCUCUUGUGGAUGGCAUAGGACCCAAUGUUAUUCCUGGAACCAAUAUUGACACAUCUCCAGCUGAACCUGAAUAAGGAAUUCAAAGAAGUACUGAAAAUGCCAUGGACAUCAGGACACUAAUAUUGGUCAGACAUUGCUCAGACGUGGUGGUAUUAAACAUCUACAAAGCUUCUGGGGUGUGGAACAAAAAAAAAAAAAAAAAAAAAAAGAAAAAGACAAGAAAUUAAGUUACAUAAUCAUAAAAACAGAGGUUUCUAUUCAAAUGAGUUAGUGGGAUGCUCUGAAAUACUGCAACAGGGUAACUUCUGCUUUGUAGGCAGCUUGGAGGAAAUCACUUGGUAAUAAUUUAAAUGCUCUUUCUGGUUUUGACUUGAGUCAAGUUUGUAGAGACAGAUUGGGCUCCACAGAAUUCAGCUACAAGUUGGUUUACCAAGCUUUAUGUCAGUUUGCAUCCAGGAAGCCUUUACUGCAGGGUAAGGGAAAACAAACAAAAAAACCCAAACCACCACUUUCCUGCUUAGAUACUAAGUAUUUCAGCUGUGCUCUGACAGUAGUUGGGCGUUAGAGGUGCCUGUAGAGGAUGGUCUUCAAAACUGUGUCUCAUUAAAAGAAGUCACAGUAAAAGCUACAGGAAAGAGUUCAGCUGACAGCAGAGAAAAGCCAGGUGCAGGACUGCUCACAGGAGCUUAAUCCUCUAAAUGUAAGAAGUGUUUAGUGCCAUACCUAGAGGAUGAUGUUUAUAUCUCAAAAGCUUUUCAAUGGGGCACUUGUAACAACUGUAAUUGUCCUUGGGCAAAGCUCCAGCAGCUCUUCCCUUGUCUGUUUCCACUAUCACACAGUCAGACUGUGGGGGAAAUACAGAUGUGGCACCUCUAGAGCUCCCUUUACAUGGUCCUUGUUAGCCCUGCUUCAGCUCCUGAAGUCUCUCCAGGUAGUAAACAAUUCCCCAGGUGCUCACAAUGGGCUCCAGGUGACACAGUUGGCUCCCACUGACAGAUACAGACAGCAGUGGUAGUUCCUGGACCAAGAUUGUCAGCAGCCACCUGGGUGGCCUUUAAGGCUUUCCUUUUUGGAUCAGAACUGCUGGAAGCUGCCCCAUGGGAGGGUGUCUUUUAAAUUCUGUUCAUUUCAAAAUCAGGUUACAAACAAAACCACUAAAACAAACAUAUUAUGAAUUUAACAGUAUAAUUAUUUUACAUAAUCUGUGAUCUUAAAAUGAGAUUGUAAUAACACCUAAGAACUGUCUUUGAGAAUUUAAUUUAUAAUUUUCUCCAGCCUAGUAUUGUCUCUAUUAGGCAAAUAAACAUGUUUGUCUUACUGAGUCAGCACUAACA